GAGUAGCUUUUAGCUGAGGGACAUUGAAUGACUUUGUGCGGCAGAGUGAAGACGUCAAUUUGACGGGUCGGGAUCUGUAUCGGAGCUAAUGGAGGCCCUCAUACCUGUCAUAAACAAACUGCAGGAUGUAUUUAACACGGUCGGCGCAGAUAUAAUCCAGCUGCCGCAGAUAGUUGUUGUGGGGACUCAGAGCAGCGGGAAGAGUUCAGUUUUAGAGAGUCUAGUUGGCAGGGACAUCCUGCCACGGGGCACUGGCAUCGUCACACGGCGGCCCCUCAUCCUACAGCUAGUACACAUCGACCCAGAAGACCGCAGGAAAACCAAUGAAGAGAAUGGCAUCGAUGGAGAGGAGUGGGGUAAAUUCUUACACACCAAGAACAAGCUCUAUACAGAGUUCGAGGAGAUCAGACAAGAAAUUGAAGCAGAAACGGAACGAAUGUCUGGCAAUAAUAAGGGUAUUAGUGAUGAGCCCAUUCACCUAAAAAUCUUCUCGCCACACGUUGUGAACCUGACACUGGUGGACCUUCCUGGUAUCACAAAGGUACCUGUGGGAGACCAGCCCAACGACAUAGAGAUUCAGAUCAAAGAACUGAUUGUGAAGUACAUCUCCAACCCCAACUCUAUCAUCCUGGCUGUGACUGCUGCCAACACAGACAUGGCAACAUCAGAGGCCCUGAAAGUGGCCCGUGAGGUUGACCCUGAUGGCAGGAGAACGCUAGCAGUGGUGACUAAGCUGGAUCUGAUGGAUGCUGGUACAGAUGCCAUGGAUAUAUUGAUGGGCAGGGUCAUCCCUGUGAAAUUGGGGAUUAUUGGAAUAGUGAACAGGAGUCAGCUGGAUAUCAAUCAGAAGAAGUCAGUGGCAGAUUCUAUUCGUGAUGAAUACGCCUUCCUACAAAAGAAGUACCCCUCCCUCGCAAACAGAAAUGGGACCAAAUAUCUUGCCAGGACAUUGAAUAGGUUACUCAUGCACCACAUCAGAGACUGUCUUCCUGAGCUAAAAACAAGGAUCAAUGUGCUUGCAGCCCAGUAUCAGUCUUUACUCAACAGUUAUGGUGAACCCGUCGAUGACAAAAGUGCCACUUUGCUGCAGCUCAUCACCAAGUUUGCCGCAGAGUACUGCAACACCAUAGAGGGCACGGCCAAGUACAUUGAGACAGCUGAGCUAUGUGGUGGAGCAAGAAUCUGUUAUAUAUUUCACGAGACGUUUGGCCGCACAUUGGAGUCAGUGGAUCCUCUGGGUGGUCUGACAACCAUCGACGUGCUCACAGCAAUCAGAAAUGCAACGGGCCCGAGGCCUGCUCUAUUCGUGCCUGAGGUUUCAUUUGAGUUGCUGGUGAAGAGGCAAGUUAAGCGUCUGGAGGAGCCCAGUUUACGCUGCGUGGAGCUGGUUCAUGAGGAGAUGCAAAGGAUCAUCCAGCACUGCAGCAACUACAGCACACAGGAGUUGCUGAGGUUUCCAAAACUCCAUGAUGCCAUAGUAGAAGUUGUCACCUCCCUCCUCAGAAAGAGACUCCCAGUCACCAAUGAAAUGGUUCACAACCUGGUAGCCAUUGAGCUGGCCUACAUCAAUACUAAGCACCCCGACUUUGCCGACGCUUGUGGCCUCAUGAACAAUAACAUAGAAGAGCAGAGACGCAACAGGAUGAGAGAUCUUCCCUCUGCUGUCCCCAGAGAUAAGUCCUUUAGAGGCCCAGGUGGGCAGUCUCUCUCUCCCAUUGAGCCUCCUGCCCCCGAGGGCGAGGUUGCUAAGGCAGCAGCCAGUGGCCUUCAGAGUGUCUCUGCCCUCGAGCAGACAGACGGUGGGACGGGGAACUGGAGGGGCAUGCUGAGGAGGGGAGAUGAUGGUACGUUUCCUGACAGGGCCAUGCCCCAGACCACUCUCCCUGCAAGCCCACAGAAGGGCCAUGCUGUCAACCUGCUAGAUGUGCCUGUGCCAGUAUCCAGGAAGUUGUCUGCUCGGGAACAGAGAGACUGCGAGGUCAUCGAGAGACUCAUCAAGUCAUAUUUUCUGAUCGUACGGAAGAACAUUCAAGACAGUGUACCGAAAGCAGUGAUGCACUUCUUGGUGAACCAUGUGAAAGACUGCCUGCAGAGUGAGCUAGUGGGUCAGUUAUACAAGACUGCCCUGCUCAACGACCUGCUGACAGAGUCCGAGGACAUGGCUCAGAGACGCAACGAGGCUGCGGACAUGCUCAAGGCCUUGCAGAAAGCCAGUCAGGUGAUAGCAGAGAUCAGAGAAACCCACAUGUGGUGAGAGUGGCCCCUCUUCAUCCUACGCGGAUCCUCACGGACCUCUCAAACGCCACAAAUCCCUGUUGUGUCUCCCAGAAACUUCAGAGACCACUUGAAAAUGCACUGGUGUCGAUAUGUGUAUAUCCAGACAUAGUUUUAAUGUACAGUAAAGACUUGGAUAAAAUGAAAGGCAGUACUUAUCAAUCUGUCACUCUCUCCAUCAUAAGCAUCACUCAUGCUCAUGUCCUAGAUUAUUCUAUUUUUCUUAUGUAAUUAAAACAAUAAAUAUAGAGAUAAUGUUAUGCGUCACCACUGUGUGGAGCCUUGCUGAGGAAUGUGUGCUCUUAAUUUAGGUUUGAAUUAAAACUAGAAAUGACAAACUUGUGUAGAUGCUGUCUUCAUCACGAUGUCAAUUAUUUGAUUAGAUAUUGAUAAUGUGUGUACUGCUAAGUUUUCCAAAGAAUUGCACUUAAUUUAGAUGUUUUUAUUGUUGUUUGUUUUUCAAUAUGAAUAGGUUUAAAGACAAUUUUUACAGUGUUCUGUGUCAUGUGAAUAGGGGUAAUACUUUUAUUUAGACAGAACAAUUCUACAUCAGAACCACGUGUCCCUGUGUUUACAUGUCAUUAUUCAACAAGAGCUCUUACAACAUUUU